GGGGGGGCUCUGCCCGGUACCCACCGGCGGGAAGCAUCCCGGGAGGGAGGAGCUCCUUGGAUCCCGGGGCUGAGCUCAGGGACCCCCUGGCAGGGGAGGGGGCUCUGCCCGGUCCCCACCGCCGGCCGGGCGGACCCCGGCGGUCGCCGCGUUCCCCCCGCCGUGGGAGCGGACACCCCGAGGGUCCCCGCAGACCCCCGAGGAUUUGUACCUGUCCAGCUCCUGCCGCCGGCUGAGAGGCUUCAGCGCCUUUGCUCAGCGCCUGGAAGAGGAGCCAAGGCCGGGAGCAGCGGAGGGGGAGCAGUGAUGGAACGCUCGCUGCAGGAAAAUCACAAGGCGUUCGAUUUUUGAACGAUUUGCCUUCACCCCGACGCCGUGUCUCGCGCAUUCCAGGCUGUCCCGCUCGCAGGGAGCGUUUGCCAUGGACACCACCGGGCACGUCAGCAGAUCCCGCUUCAGCGUGGCCUCCAGCCCGCCGCGGUGGGAGAUCGGGCUCUACGCCGCCGGCGCCUUGGCGCUGCUGGGAAUCGCAGCCAUCAACCUCUGGAAGCUCUGGCGCUCCGGCAGCUACCCGGCCCCUUCCCCCUUCCCGAACUAUGACUACCGGUACCUGGAGCAGAAGUACGGAGCCGCGUACCCGGACGUCAGGCACAAGCGAGGGCUGGCCCCGGGCUCACAGCGGACGCCGGGUCAGAGCGCUGCCAGCCGCAGGAGCAGCCUGAGGGCAGAGGACACCUUGGAGAGCAUCCAGGAGCUGGGCAGCCUGGAGCUGAUGGGCAGAGACCUGGGCCUGGCCCACUACGGCCCCCUGAAGAAAUCCAUCUCGGCCGACUCCCUCAACUCCAUCUCGUCCAUCGGGAACAACUUCGGGCAGGAUUUCACGGUGGGGCAGGUGGAGGUGUCCAUGGAGUACGACGGGAAGGCGGCCGCCCUGCACGUGACGCUGCUGCAGGGCAAGGACCUGCUGGAGAAGGAGGACGCGCGGUUCGAGUCCUGCUUCAUGCGGAUCAGCCUCCUCCCGGCCGAGCAGAUCGUCGGCAUCUCCCGGAUCCAGAGGAGCGCCUACGCCGUGGCCUUCGACGAGCGUUUCUCCAUCCCGCUGGACCCGGCGGCGCUGGAGGAGAACAGCCUGCGCUUCUCCGUCUUCGGCAUCGACGAGGACGAGAGGAGCGUCAGCACCGGCGUGGCCGAGCUCAAGCUCUCCGACCUGGACCUGGCCACGCGCCCCUUCAACGCCUGGCUCUACCUGCAGGACAUGAGCAAGCCCGUGGACACGGUGGGGGAGAUCCUGCUCUCCCUGAGCUACCUGCCCACGGCCGAGCGGCUCACGGUGGUGGUGGUCAAGGCCAAGAACCUCGUGUGGACCAACGGCAAGGUGACCGCAGAUCCCUUCGUCAAGGUGUACCUGCUGCAGGACGGGAGGAAGAUCAGCAAGAAGAAGACGGCGGUGAAGAGGGGGGACACCAACCCCGUGUUCAACGAGGCCAUGAUCUUCUCCGUGCCGGCCAUCGUGCUCCAGGAGCUGUCCCUGCGCGUGACGGUGGCCGAGAGCGGCGAGGACGGACGCGGGGACAACACGGGCCACGUGCUCAUCGGCCCCACCGCCAGCGGGAUGGGCACCACGCACUGGAACCAGAUGCUGGCCACGCUGAGGAAGCCCGUGUCCAUGUGGCACCCACUCCGCAGGAAUUAGGGGGGCUCCUGGGGGGGGCUGCACCCCGACGCCGGCUCUGCCGGGCACCGCAGGGCCCGGAGCCGCCGGGCAGGGGCUGAGCAGGACUCUGUGACACCCCAAAGGCCGAGCUGCCGGCACCUCAGAGGGGCAGCUCCUGCCUAAAACACCCCGAGGAUGGGUGGAGCGACUCUGUGGCUUCAUCUCUGCCCUCCUGGGUCCCCCACACGUGGGGACUGACGGACAGACCCGCUGGCAAGGAGCCCAGAUGGACCAAAACCAGCCAGAACCUCCCCAGACGGCUGGGCUGAGCAUCCCAGCGGCCUCAAAAUCGGUGGAAUCCUCAAACACGGACCCUAAGGCUGCACGGGAGAGGGGGGAUUCCUUUGGAAUGUGGGGUUUUCUGAGGGGGGUGAUAAAUGCCAGCAUGGUGUGGCUCCUCUCGGCGAGAGCGGCAAUCCUGGGGGGAUUUUUAAGAGGGAUUUCGGCGUGUCGUGCUGGGGACAGAAUGUUUCCAGUGAGAACGGAGAAAGGGAGCAAUAAGAGCAGAAAAAGCAAUUGUUAUUACAUAUGGCUUCUCCUUCCAUCUGUUUUCCCACGCAGUAAAUCCCUGCCCGUCUCCGCUGGCUGCAAGGAGGGGGCUGGACUUGGUUUCCAAGCUCUGGGGUUUGAGGGUGACAGGCAGAGGGCUCCGCUGGAGCCCCUCGUGGCAGGGGAUGCCCUGGGGCCGCAUCCCCCCUUGCCUGCAGCCUCGGCUUUUCCCUGCCUGCAGGAUGCUGGUGGGGAGCCAGGCUGGGAAAGCUGGGGGCCGUGUGCCAGGAAAGCAGCGCCGCAGGGCGAGCACACACUGGGAUGUGGCUGCCUGGGGGAAAAAAGUGGGAAUGAGCCAUUUAGCCGUUUUCCCCCCAUUAAAGGUGACUGCGAGGUGAGUUAUCCCGUGAGCUGGUGACACUUUUCCCUUCUCGUCUGUCCUGCCUGACCUUGGCUUUGGGACAGGGCUGUGAUGUCCCUGUUCCGUCACACCCCUCUGCUCCGGCUCCUUUCCCGUACGUGCCCGUCUCCGCUCACUGAUGCCCAGAUUUCCCUCUCCCAUGCUCCAUCUCCUCCUCCUCCCCACCUUCCCCUCCAGGAGCCCCCCUGUCCCAUCUGCUGCCAGGUGAGUUGGUGCCAUCGCUCCGUGGCUGACGCACGGCCGGCCCCAGGCACCGAGGCACGAGCCAAGGAUGGAGGGGCUGGAAGGAUGAGCUUUUCUGAAGGCUUUUUUGGGAAGUUGUUCACAGCCAGUACUCACAGGCCCCGAGCUUUGGGGGGAAAAUUUUCUUAUUAGCUACCGCAGCCAGCUUUUGGGAAGAGACAGACACAGAGAUCCUUGGCUGUCCUGCAGCUCCUGCCGAGUGCUGAGCCUUGCUCGGGAUGAGGUGAGUGACUUCCACAGGUUCUGGAAUCACCCCGGGCAACAUCGGUGAUGUUCAGCCCCAAAAUGAUGGGGAACAUGUGGUUUGGGGCUGUUUAUUGUGCCCCUCUCUGGACAUUCCUCUUUCAAGGCACCUCAGCACCUUUUCCUUCAUCCUGAGGGCAAAAAAACGCUGCUGGAGCUAUUUUUGGGGAGGACGGGUGGACCCUGUGAGUGGGACUGGAGCCAGCAAGGAGAGGGGAUAGGGCAGGGGCUGUGUGGGGAUGGAGAGAGGCUUUGGAAAUGGGGAUCAACUGGCAAGAAGCAAUGUGAGAGAUGGAUUAGUUUGGGGGUACAGGAUUGGGAGAAGGCCUGGGAGGGACACGAGGCUCCCUCCUGCCUUUGCUGCUGUGGGGUUCCCAGCGGAUCUUGGUGUCCCAGGAGCUCCCCAUGCCCAUCCCAAUGCAAGCCCAGAGCAGGGCUGAGCCCCCUGCCAAGCCCCUCUCCUGGGUGUGAGGGGAUGGGACAGCCCCGAGGGGUUUGGGCUGUGCUGGCUGUGGUGUGGACACACCGGGUCACUCCAAGCAGUGCCAGAGGAUUGCUGGGCUGGCACCCAU